GUCUGUUUUCUUACAGGCGAAAGAGAGAUAAUUAUCAAAAUUUCUUUUGUUCUACGCAGCCGUGCAGAGAGCUGAAGAAGAUGAGAAGAUGAGAUGGGGUUAAAGUUGGAUCAUGUUGGGGAAGUCAUGAUUUGGGGAAGGUUGGUUUGUUUGUUUGUUGGUGGGGUCGUUUGUUGCUUCGCCCGAGUGAUGUCACAGUCGGCCCCGACCUCUUGUUGGGGUUUUAAAAAUUGGAAAGCAAUUCAACCUCACAUUUCUUUCUUGUGUGGACAGAAUUGUUUACUGUUUAUUAAGUAGAGGAAGGAGGAGGGAGAAGGAGGGAGGGCCAUAUAUACAUAGGUAAUGGGCAUCCAUACCUGCCCUCCUUUCCAUUCCUCUCCUGUCUUUGUUCGCUGGCGAAUAAAAGCGCCGGCCAUUGGUGGACAUUGGUGGACAAGCACGUACCAAUCGAGAUCCAUCACCAAAAAUUUCUCCGCCCAGAAAAAAUCUUGGGCGGAGUACGUUGGGACUCGAUCCCGUGACCCCAAUCACUUGCCUUCCACAAAUACAGAGUGUGAGACUGCUUCUCUGCCUUGAGAUCUCACCCUUCCCUCUGUUGGGUAUGUGUCAGCCGCACCAGCUGUGGAUUUUCCCCCACUUCUCUAGGGUUGUGGGAGGUGGCGAAGAAGAAGAGGGGCAGGGGCAAUCUCGCCGCCUGCUACAGAGCGCCAUGAUGAGGGGUGAAAUGAGCGAGGAGGAGUACAUGGCGCUGCACAGUAACGUGGAGCGCUUCCAUGGAGCCGCUGCUUUGGGCGGGGGCGAGUGCCGGUCACUGGUGGCGAAGCGCAUCUUGGCGCCUGUAGGGGUAGUUUGGUCUGUGGUGCGGCGAUUUGACAGGCCCCAGGCCUACAAGAAUUUCAUCAGUAGCUGCUCCAUGAGCGGCGAUGGCAACGUGGGCAGCACCAGAGAGGUGCGUGUGGUUUCGGGACUGCCCGCCGCUCGUAGCACAGAACUGCUGGAGAUUCUGGAUGAGGAGCACCAUGUUCUGAGCUUCAGGGUCCUUGGUGGUGACCACCGCCUCCACAACUACAGGUCUGUCACUACGCUACACCAUUACCGCCCCCCUGCCCCUGCAACUGCCGCCCCUGUUACUUUCGUCAUUGAAUCGUAUGUGGUCGAUGUGCCGCUGGGCAACAGCCGUGAUGACACUCGCCUCUUUGUUGACACCAUUGUGAGAUGCAAUCUGCAAUCGCUGGCCCAUAUUUCUGAAGGUGCUGCCCGUCAUUUGACGGAAUGAUCGCACAGGUGGACCGGCGAAGCGGAGAUUCGAACUGGCGACCUCGGUGCAAUGUUGCGGAUGGAAUGCCCAACCUCGCUGCUGCUGCUGCUGCUGCUGCCGCUACCUCUGGUGAUUUGUUUAUAUUGUGCGGAAUAGUUUCUCCGUCGAGAAAUUUUAGCAGUUUUGGUUGUUUUCUUUAAGGCAUGGAAUGGAAUUUUAGGAUUUCAUCUUGUACCAGAACCAAGUAAAUACACAUGUCCAGUAGAGUAGAAAAUGCAUGCUUAUUGUGUAUCUAUCUAACUAUGCAGUUGUGGAGUUUUAGCGUAUACGCACUGUAUAUCUUACCUAUGCAAUUUGUAGAGUCAGAAGUGUAAUUGCUCCUAAUAGGCAGAUAUCAGCUGGAAUCGAACUGUCUAUACACACUAUGUAUGUUAUUGAAUAUCUGUCCAUACCGUGGCUGGAGUCCGAGUGUAUACACAUUGAAUACCUGUCCAUGUGGCUGGAGUCCUAGUGUGUACACAUUGAAUAUCUAUUCAUGUGGCUGGAGUCCGAGUGUAUACACACUGAAUAUCUGACAUUGUCUGGAAUCUGUUGUUGUACAUGGCUGGUUUUAUGGGGUACGGGGGGCUUGUCAGGGUCUAUAAACUUUGGAGCUGUGCUCUUUCUAAAUGCCUGGUUAAUCUGUUUGCUGUUUUCUCGUAGGUAGGAUGGUUAGGGUUGGAUUUGUGUAUUUGGAGGGCGGUGUAACAGUUGCAGAGCGUGUUCUAAAAUUUUUGAGUGCGAGCAUAAAAUAAAUUGUAUAUGCAGCAGGUACAUAUACUUAAUGCAUAUACCUCAAUUUUGCUAGAAGACUUGCACACAUUGUUGUACUUUAUGUACAAACGGGUAUAUGCUUGCUGUAAAUACUUCAGUUCGUUAUUAAUUGCAUAAUGCCAUGUAAUCUGGUGGACCGCCCAGUUGUUCAAUAUAAUGAUUCUUAGUUACAUGGA